UGUUUACUUUUAGCAGCUGGUCUAGCAAGAAACAAUUAGGCCUUUUUAUUUUAGACUUUUUUUAUCAUUUGAAAACGGUACAUAGAUUAUUAAUUAUUUAUUUUAAAAUUUAAUACUACUAGAAAAAGUAGUCUAGUAAGACUAGUAAUAGUAAUAGUAACAAGUAAAAUUACCAGCACUCCGGUAGUACUAGUGUGAGUGUGCCUUACUUCCAAGUUAGUAUUAUUAUUAUAAGUAUUAGUAGACACUAGGCCUAGGUAACUACAGUAGUAGUAGUAGAGUUACUGAUGAGUUAAUAAGUGAUUUUAAGUAGUUAAGUUGUUUAGUCUAGUGAAACUCUAGUGUGCCUAGUAGUUCUUUUUUAAUUAGGCCCUAUUUAAAUUUAUUUUGAAAUGUUCGUUUAUAUUUAUAUAAUUGUUGAUUUAAACUAUUUAUUUAAAAAGUUAGUUGAAAUCAAGGUAAAUUACGCAAUCCGCACCACUUGUUUUUCACUACCGCCAUCCUUGGUUGCCAUACCCGACAUGGCAAUCAAGAUGGUGGCUAUGUAAAUAAAUAAUGAAAACACAAGUCAGACACAACACAAGACUGCCAGAAUGUGGAGGGGAAAGAGAUAGAAUAUGUUGUUUUAGCUAAGUACAGAGAGAAAAGAAAAUAGGAAUAAAAUGUUAAAAUUUAAUGAAGUAAUUUCAGCCAGUAUUGUAUCUCUAUAGAUAUGCGACAAGAAGUGUCAACCCCCCUUUCCUGGCGUAAUUUCGGCCAAUACAUUAAUCAUCAGUUUCAUGGUGAACUUUGCAACAUUACCAUGUGACAAGAAGUGUCACUCCCUUUCCUGGACUAAUUUCAGCCAGUACAUGCUCCCUUACACCUCAAUUAAAACACAUUUAGGUUCUUCAGUUACACACUGAGUAAGAAAAGGGAAAAAAUGAAGUAAACAAUACCAAAUAAUUUUCAAUAACGAAACCCAACUUACAGCUGUGUUAUAGAAUACACUUUUACACGCUUUAUUUCAGUUUCCACGUAAAAGAAAAUCCAAAAGUUGUAAAAAAAUCAAGACAAUACAAUACUUAACCAUUUUCCAAAAUGCUGGAAAAUUUUAUAUUUUAAUCAACCACCUAAUGAAAUGAUAAUUUAUAUUAUAUACUACCACCUAAUGAAAUGAUAAUUUAAAACUUUCCAUCAGAGUAUUAAUAUUUCAAAAAAGAAAAGUUAACUCAUUAACUAUAGUAACAAUCCAAAAAUCAACAAUAGGGAGAGAAUCCUACCCAGAAACUCAAAAUGUUGAGCCGGACCACCGACAACAUUAGCCAAAUUUUUGCUGUCUGGUACCCCUUUUUCCUGUGUUGGCUACUUCUUUUUUGACUAGGCUGCCAUCUUUGUUGUCACGACAGCAGGCAUGUUCAAAAUGUAGUAUCCAACACAGCCAAAAAAAGGGAAAAAGUGUGUAACAGUUAAAAGAAAAAAAAUUAAAAGAAAUUAUUUUUAAACAAAAUAUUCGCAUGACAUUAUGUCAGUGGCAACUUUAUUGUAUCCACUAGUUCUAGAUAUGCGGCAAGAAGUCUCAAUAACCUGUAGUAGCUUCCUUUCCUUAAGUAUCACCACAGCUACACACUAUGGAGAAAAAAACAAUAAAAAGAAUACAAAAAUAUUUAUAUUAUUUUUUUUGAAAUAAUGAAAACCUUACUUACAGUUUAAACGAAAACACUUUAACUCAAUUUUAUUACAGAUCCACUGAAAAUAAAAUCCAAAAGAUAUCCAAAAAUCCUAAUCCAUUUUCCACACAAAUAGCUUUGUUUUGAAAUAUUUUAAUUAAAAUAGCCUGGUUGUGAAAUAUUAUAUUUAAGCAGCCUGGUUUUUAAAUAUUAUAAUUAAAGUAGCCGUGUUUUAAAUUAUUAUAAAUAACCACGCUAUGAAAUAUUAAUUUUAAAAGCCAUCAAUCAAAAACAUUCCAUUCUAUUGGCUUAUUAAUAUAAUAAAAGAGAAGAGUUCACUCUUGUAAGAAUCCAGGACAAUGGGGAGCUCACUGAACCACAUAGACUCUGGGGGGAACCGUAAAGUAUAAGUUACCAGAAAUGAAUGUGUUCUGAUUCAAUUUGAAUUUUCAUUUAUUCAAAACUGUGCGAGGACUGAGUUUGAGUCAAGUGAGCAGUGGUGUAGAAAGUUGGGAUGGGGGUGAAUGGCAUUUUCAGGCCAACUUAAAGAAAGACAAAACAUUAUUUUAUAUCACCCGGUACCAUGAAAUUAUCAGCCUACUCAUGAGAUACUGGAACCUGAAAAAUUGUUUAAAUUAUAUUCUAUGCAUACAGUGUAGUUAGCAUUUUAUUCUGACUUCAUUAAUUUUGUUCUCUUUACACAGUUAAAUUUUUAAGUUACUGAUAGGAAUGUGCAAGGGCUAAAUUAUUAUUGUUAAUACUUAAAGUGCUAUAUUGAAUUUUUUUCGCACCCUUUUUCUCAGAAUUGAUGACUAGAUUUAGGUCUAAAGCAAAUGGAUCACUUGAAUGUCAGACUUACUCAGCAGAGUGUAGAACCUGGUCACAAAACACUUGCCCAAACAGAUUUGUUGGAACAAGUCCCAUAUAAAAUUGUCUUAGAUUAUAUGAUAACCCCAUUGCGUGAAACGCUGAAGGAGUCUAAGAUUUUGGAUUCAGACCUUAAAGAUCAUUUAAAGAGCAUAAGCACAUUGCUGCAGUUAAUUUCAUCACUUCAAGAAAUUGGUGAUCAACAACACACGAGAAUAGCCAAUGCUUGCAAUGAGGCAUUUCAAGAGACUUUAGUUAGUAUCGUUGGUGAUGUUUGCUUCCCCUUGCUACACUCUCUUCACCUUCUACCAGAAUCAGACAAAGCCAACUCAGAAAAGGGCAGAGCCUUAGCCCUUAUUACUCGUUUGAUUUUAGCAUGUGCCGAGUACUUGGGUGGAAACAAUUUAGUUUCUGUCCUAACUCAAUUGUUGAUUCCACUUUUCUCAUUAAGUCGUGGGGC